GAAUCCUUGCUUACCCUUGAUAAAAACUUUGGUUCUCCAGGCGGGUUGUUGAGCGAGUCCUCCACGGCUGACUUGUGACAAACAAUAGCACUGGUCUGUUUCUUAAUAAUUCAUUACCUCAAAGAAAGAGGGAGAAAUUUGGCAUGGUAAAGAACUGAAGGAGAACACUAGCAAAGGCUUUGAAAGAGAGCUGGAAAAGUUGCUUUGUGAGGUUUGGACAUAUGUGUUAAAUUGUCUGAAGAAAUCUUCAAGAAAGGAGCUUCCUGAAGAGAAUAGGAAAGACGAACAGGGCAGACAGAAAGUGUAACCUGACGACGAGUUGGAGGAGGGAGUGAAGAGGAAUCAGACAAGUAGCCCUAGCUGGAUCUGCAGCAGGAGAAAAAGUGUCGUCCCGGUUGUGGCCCGACGGGUGGUACAGAGACAGUAGCAUCAUGGUGAAUACAGGUAUGCAGCUGAUCAGCUUCACCUGCGCCGUUACCGGCUGGGUGAUGGCUAUCGCUGUGACUGCGCUGCCCCAGUGGAAGGUCACGGCCUUCAUCGGGCCCAACAUCCUCACUUCGGAGAUCGUGUGGCAGGGCAUCUGGAUGAACUGCAUCUACCAGACCACUGGGCACAUGCAAUGCAAGACUUAUGACUCAUUGCUGGCGCUUCCGCCAGACAUCCAGGCGGCCCGCGCCCUCAUGUGCGUGGCCAUCUUCCUGGGCUGGCUGUCCUGCACGGUGUCCUGUUGCGGAAUGAAGUGCACCACUUGCGCCGGGGAUGAUCGCCAUGCCAAGGCUGGCAUAGCGCUGUCUGGCGGGGUGCUCUUCAUCCUAACAGGCCUGUGUGUACUCAUCCCCGUGUCCUGGACAGCCAACACCGUGGUGCAGGACUUCUAUAACCCCAACGUACCCAUCCAGAAGAAACGUGAGUUGGGCCAGGCCAUCUAUCUGGGCUGGGCGGCCGCCGUCAUUCUCAUCAUAAGCGGCAUUGUGCUGAGCACCACCUGCUCCUACAUCGAGAAAGGACACUACAGACGUGGCUACAUGGGCCGCAGCUUUGCUAAUUCCAGAUCGUCCCCACUGGAUCCCCCGAAACCCAUCACCACCAACAGCGUGCCCCUUAAGGAGUAUGUCUAAGGUGGAAGGCAAGCAAUGGCAUUUCCAUAAGACUUGAAUGGAGAUUAUAGGGAGGUACAACAGGGUCAGUUGUGUAAAAUACCCAGAGCGGAAGCUCUAAGUUUGGAGAGACAGCUGAAUAAUGCUCCUGUAGUGUUUAGUGUUAUUUUAGAGGUAGCUUUAAAUAUUUGUACUGUUUUUCUACUUUUCACUACUAUGACGUUCUCAUGAGGGGGUACAGUGAUAACUGCACUACAGUAUUUCUAAGUAAUUUAUUUCUUAUUUAUUAAUUGUUGAAAUGUUAAUUUUACUCUGUUGCUGAUGUUUCUGAAGAAAGAUCCCUACAUUUUCUCAAUAACUUCUCUACAUUUUAGAAUUUUUAGAAUGAUUCCAGUGUUUAUGUGAA